AUGGAACAUAGAAACCGUUACAACGCUGUAAAACGCGCAUUCGACCCCAUGGACAGUGACGAGGAGUUUGAUAUUGCUAGUAACAUUGCGCUUAACGCAGGUUCCGACUCUGAAGCUUACUCUUCAGAUGAGGAACAGGAGUAUGGUGAAGUGCAGGAUGAAAUCAUCUCUAGUGAAGAUGAGGAUGAGCAGCCAGUACAAAAGAAGAAGAAAGUUGAAGUCGCAAAGCAGAAUUUCCCGAGCUUGGAACUGUCCGAUGACGAGGAGGAUACUAAAAAGACCAAGGAUGAUAUUGAUUUCGCAAACUACUUCAACAACCAGCCUCAACAGAAUAAGGCGAAAGGUGGUACAUUCGCAAGCUUUGGGUUGUCCAAGCCUAUCUUGAACAACAUCUCAAAGAAGGGUUUCAAACAGCCAACGCCUAUUCAAAGAAAGACCAUUCCUUUAAUCUUACAGAACAGAGACAUCGUUGGUAUGGCGAGAACCGGUUCUGGUAAAACAGCGGCGUUCUCCUUACCUCUGAUUGAAAAGCUGAAGAUGCACUCUGCAAAAGUUGGUGUGAGAGCCAUUAUUCUUUCACCUUCGAGAGAAUUGGCGAUUCAAACGUUCAAAGUUCUGAAAGACUUCUCAAGAGGCUUGGAUCUGAGAAGUGUACUGCUUAUCGGUGGUGAUUCUCUUGAGGAUCAGUUCAACAUGAUGAUGACAAACCCGGAUAUCAUUGUUGCAACGCCAGGUCGUUUCUUGCAUUUGAAGAUUGAGAUGAAGUUAGACUUGAAGUCCGUUGAGUACGUUGUAUUUGACGAGGCUGACAGAUUGUUCGAGAUGGGUUUCGAAGAUCAAUUGACGGAGCUGAUUGGCUCCCUUCCAGCUAAUAGGCAAUCGCUGUUGUUCUCUGCAACUUUACCGAGAUCUCUGGUGGACUUUGCAAAAGCUGGUCUAACAAACCCAGUAUUGGUUAGAUUGGACGCAGAGACUAAGAUAUCAGAUCAGCUAGAAAUGUGCUUCAUUUCCACUAAGAAUGGUGAAAGAGAGGCGAACCUGUUCAAUCUCUUACAAGACGUCAUUAAAGUCCCCUUGGCUACUCAAGAAGAGUUGAAGAAAUUGAAUAAUGCUAAUGAUCAACAGGAUUCAGAUUCUGACGCUGAUGAAAACACUGAUAAAAAGAACAACAAGAGAAAGAAAAACUUCAAACGUCAAAGACUGCCACCAGCCAAUCAAUUACCACAUCCACAGUCUACAAUUGUUUUCGUUCCAACACGUCAUCAUGUGGAAUACGUGACAUUGAUGCUGAAGGAGGCCGGCUAUGCAGUCUCCUAUAUCUAUGGUACUUUGGAUCAACAUGCAAGAAAACGUCAACUUCUGAACUUUAGAGCUGGAUUGACACCAAUCAUGGUUGUCACAGAUGUUGCAGCGAGAGGUAUUGAUGUUCCGGUUUUGGCUAACGUUAUCAAUUAUUCCCUUCCUGCCUCUUCAAAGAUCUUCAUCCAUAGAGUUGGUAGAACUGCAAGAGCUGGAAACAGAGGUUGGGCCUACUCUAUUGUUGGUGAAAGUGAACUACCAUAUCUCUUGGAUCUUGAACUGUUCUUAGGAAGAAAGAUUUUCCUUACUCCAAUGUAUGAAAAGAAGUGCGAGCUUUUGAAGCAGAAGAUGGGCGAAUCAUAUGUUGAGCCAAAGGUCAACUACACAGACAGAAUGGUUUUAGGUGCAGCACCAAGAUACAACGUUGAGGCUAUGAUGGAAAUGUUCCAGCACCUCAUCAACACCAACUAUGAUUUGAAGGUUCUUCAAGGAGUUUCGUUAAAGGCUGAGAAACUAUAUUUCAGAACCAGACAAGCUGCUGGUGGUGAAUCUGUUAAGAGAGCCAAAGAGAUCAAAGCUGCUGGAUGGGAUGAACAAAACUUGCUAUUUGGCAAGAACCUCGAGCAGGAGAAGUUGGCGUUCUUGGAAAAGUUGCAAAAUAGAAGAAACAAGGAGACCGUUUUUGAAUUUGGUAAGAAGGACGAUUCUCUUGUGGAUUUGAUGAACACCAGAAGAAAACAAAUUGCUCCAAUUCAAAGACGUGCUAAGGAACAGAAGGAACUUCGUGAGAGAGAGCGUGAAGCCGGCUUAUUCCACAACUUGGCUGAGGAAGUCUUCAAAUCUCAAGACGAUGAGGUUGGAUAUUCUGUUUCUGAUAAGGUUCUUGAACAAGAAUUUGAAACAGCUGAGGAUGUUAUAGCAUCUAAGAAGAAGAAGACAUUCAGAGAUCCAAACUUCUUCAUUUCUCAUUAUGCACCAACCAGUGUAAUUCAAGACCAACAACUAUCUCUCAAUUCCGGGUUCGCCAACGAAGCAGCAGCAGCUACGUUUGAUCUUAAUGAUGACGACAAGGUCCAGAAUCACAAGCAGACACCAGUUAUGCAAUGGGAUAAGAAGAAGCACAAGUAUGUCAAUUCACGUUCCACUGAUAAGAAGUACAUUAUUGGUGAGUCUGGUGUGAGAAUGCCUGCUAGUUACCGUGCUGGUGUUUACGAUGCGUGGAAGAGUGCACAUAAAAGUCAGGGUUAUAAGACUGGUGUUAGAGAAUCCGCUGAUUAUAAGAAUAAACCCUAUGACAAUGGCGACCAUAGAAAGUUCAAGCAUAAGAAGGACGAGGCACCAAGAGCACCAGAUAAGUACAGAGAUGAUUAUCACAAGCAGAAGAAGAAAGUCGACAAGGCACUUGAAGGUGGUAAGAGAAUUAGAGGUUACAACAGAGCUGGUCAGCACUCUGAGAUUAAGAGCACGGAUGACAUUAGAAAGGCUAGAGAUCUCAAGGAGAAACGUCGUGCGAAGAAUGCAAGACCAAGUAAGAAGAGAUGA